AGCCAUCCAUCCACCCGUAGGGUUUACAAGUGCACGAAUCCAUCAGUCUUCUAGCUAGCCAGCUAGCUAACAACAUCCACACAGGAGGAAGGCGACCCGACAAGCUAAGCUACAUCCAUCCACCUGCUAGCCACUUGCUGUGCUACACCGACUCUAGCGCUUCGCUGAGGCCGCCCCUGAGAGCGUCAGCCAUGGCCGAUGGGGAGCGUUCACCGCUGCUGUCCGCGUCAGACCUGGGAGAUGUGCUGAUGACAUCGGGAGGAGGUGGAGGUGGACUGGCUGGACCGGCGGUUGGUGUUGGGCCUUUACCUUCCAAACCUCAAGGUUUCUCUUCCUUCCCGAGUGUUCCGCAGUCUUCGGUGCUCCUCGGUGAAGACCCGCCCCCUUACUCACCACUGACAUCGCCAGAGAGCGGCAGUGCUCCGGUCAUCAGCUGUCGUGUGUGCCAGAGUAUCAUCAACGUGGAGGGCAAGAUCCACCAGCACGUGGUCAAGUGUGGAGUCUGCAACGAGGCCACGCCCAUCAAGAACGCCCCUGCGGGUAAGAAAUAUGUUCGCUGUCCCUGCAACUGUCUACUGAUCUGCAAAGUCACGUCACAACGCAUCGCCUGUCCGCGUCCCUACUGCAAGCGGAUCAUCAAUUUAGGUCCAGUUCACCCUGGCCCAGCGAGCCCAGAACCCCAACCCAGCGGAGCGCGCGUCUCAUGCGGACAUUGUAACAACACCUUCCUGUGGACGGAAUUCACGGACCGGACGCUGGCAAGAUGUCCACACUGCAGAAAAGUCUCUUCUAUUGGCAAGCGGUACCCCAGGAGGCGGAGUCUGUUGUGCUUCCUGCUCUGCUUGCUCUUCUGUGCUGGCACGGCCGGACUCAUGGUCGGCACGUGGGUGCAGUCGCGUCGCUUCAAGGCCAUCUACGCCUCCUGGGCCGCGGGUUUCUUGCUGAUUCUGGCAACCAUGGGCCGAGCGCUCUACUGGCUUUGCCUUAAGACCAGCGAGCCCAUUCAGAAUAUGUCGUAAAACAAACAGCAAAAAAGUCAAAUACAAAAGGCUUGAAAAAUGUGCACACACACACGCACACACGCACACAAACACUUGGUCGGGAAAAACUAUUGGUGCAAAU